ACACACACUCCUGAGCACAUACAUUCACAUGUCUGUCGCCUGCCUGUGAUUAUAGUCCAAAUCAGACUUGCUCUUGCCCACAUUCCCGAGUCACCCCCACUGCUCUGGCAAUCUUUUGCUCCAUUGCUGCGUGAGUGCACAGGACUCUGCUGCCAUAGAAAGGACUUCACCAACACAGCCACUCUUCACCUUGGGCUGUUCAGGUUUUCAUCCUGGCAUGUUUAAAGGACUUAAAACAGGAGCUGCCUGAAGCAUAUGCGAAGAGUUUCCAACCUGGAGUCACUUCAUGUUACUUCCACAGACCUGAGCAGAGCGAGACCUCAUGGGUCAAAUGGUUGCGAGUAAACCAACAACAAGAGUUUGAGGAUCAUUCCUUAUGGUGGAUUUAACUUGUUUGCCUUCACAGUGCUGCAUCUUUUUCUUUAAUUAAUAAUCGAAUGAAGAAUUGUGUCUAGAAAACUGUCCUCACUUCACUUAGGAAAACUCCAAAGACCUUUUUUUUCACUCCACAAACUCCAAAGAUGGAUUUUUUAGGAGAUACUUUGCGUGUGCGCUCAGACAGCAUGAGUAGUUCAGGCUCCAAGUCGAAGAUGCUCCUUCGCCAGCGGGUCGCCCAGCUGCUCACCUGCAUCGAGGACAUGAGCUCUGACGAUGAAGCCAGCGAGGAAGUGUCUCGCACGCUGGAUGAGGCAUUUCAGCUCUGUGGGCGCUUUAUUGCCACAGAUGCAUUCAGGCUGUACAUGGUAACCUGGAAUGUGGCCACAGCCGAGCCUCCUGAAGACGUCACCUCACUGCUCCAACUGGACGUCCAGCCUCCCACCGACCUCUAUGUUAUCGGUCUGCAGGAGGUGAAUGCCACUCCAGUGAGGUUCAUCUCAGACUUAAUAGUUGAGGACUCCUGGAGUCAUGUCUUCAUGGACACACUGGCACCUCGUGGAUUUGUCAAGGUCACAUCAGUGAGGAUGCAAGGUUUGCUGCUUCUGAUUUUUGCAAAACAAGUUCAUCUCCCGUUCAUCAGAAAUAUCCAGAGCACCUACACCCGCACUGGCAUCUUUGGCUACUGGGGCAACAAAGGGGGAGUAUCAGUGCGUUUCUCCUUUUAUGGCCACAUGGUCUGUUUCGUAAACUGCCACCUAGCAGCUCACAUGAACAACGCUCUGCAGCGAGUUGAUGAGUUCGAGUACAUCCUGGACACGCAAGACUUUGAUCAUGCUGACACCCCUCAUGUUCUGGAUCACAAGGUUGUGUUUUGGUUUGGAGACCUGAACUUCCGUAUUGCAGACCAUGGCUUGCACUUCCUCCGCUCAUCCAUCAAUGGUGGACGUCUCAAUUUGCUGUGGAACAAAGACCAGCUCACUAUGAUGAAGAGCAAGGAGCCUUUCCUCCAGGAAUUUGAUGAAGGGCCAUUAAAUUUUAAACCCACCUACAAGUUUGACCGGAACUCUGACACCUACGACACCAGCGCUCCGAAGACAUGGUUGGGUUUUAAUGGAAAGAAAAGGAAACCUGCCUGGACAGAUCGAAUCCUGUGGCGCAUCAAACCUAAAACCCUGCCAUCAGAGGAUGAUGAUGAGAGGGCAUCGACUUCUGGAGAUGAUGGAUAUGAUGACUAUCCAAUCAUGGUCACCCAGGACAAAUACACCAGUGACAUGACCUAUGGAGUCAGUGAUCACAAACCUGUCAUUGCAACCUUCAGUGUGGAGCUGAGAAAGUGCUUUGACACUCCUCUGGUUCACGUGUCUCCUGAGGGCGUAUGGAGCGCUGACCACGAUGCACUUCUUAACUACACUGUCCAGGAGGAUUUCAUGUCCUCCACAUGGGACUGGAUUGGCCUUUACAAGGUGGGGUUCAAGAGUCCAUCUGAUUAUGAAACAUUUGUCUGGGUCAGAGAGGAUGAUCUACCAGAAACGAAUGAAGUUAUUCAGUUGACUGUGGAUAAGGAUGACAUCCCUCUGCUGGGUGGACAGUAUGUGUUGGGUUACUACAGUACAAACAUGCAGAGCAUCAUCGGUCUCAGUGCUAACUUCCAGAUUCUGGAGUCAAAGCGUGCUGUCAUGGAGGGCCUUGUUCCUGAGAAUGUCAAUGGACUCAACAAAUAAAAUUAAUUUGCUGCAGCAAAUCUGUCACAUUUUAUCCUUAUUCCCUGCAGAAUCCAAGAACUGAUUCUGACCCUUCAAUUUUCCCAAGAUCAAAUUCAUGGACUUGUUAGACUCAGGCAUGAAAAUAAUGACCACCACUCUGUGCCACAGUGAGAAAUUACUGUGGCUCCAGCUUUGCCUUUCUUAACUCAGAGCUUUCUGAUCAGAACAAUUUUUCUUUCUUUUUUUUUUUUUUUUUUUUAUAACCCAAAUAUUUUUGGGUUAUAAAAAUAUUUAUCUCUUUCUAGAAUAUCCACAUGUGCUUUUAGCCUAUUACAGUGACUGAAAAGCAGAAAGUACAGGAGUAAAAAAAACAAAACAAACUACACUGCUUUAAGACAAAAGUGUGGCUAAGUUUUGUUUCCUCAAAAACAAAGACAUAACUUGGGAUUAAUAGAAUAUUUUGAAAAUACAUUUUAUCUGCUGCAGAUGCAUAUACAUGUGCAAACAAACAAAAAUUAAGAAAGAAACAUAAGUAAGAAAGAUUGGCUAAUUGUUGUCUAUAUAAAGGAUGUCAAGGAAGGUGUUUGCAUGUGUACUGUCUCUGUCCUCAAUGAUGCAUUUGAUGAUUUGCAUACUACUGAUUGUUUACACAGCAUAUUGGCUAAAAGUUUUUUAGGGAUAAUAAUAUUGAAUAAAAUAUGCACAAAUAUGUUUCUGUCAUUGCUUUUAAUGGUACAAGUGGAUGUUAAUAGAUUGAGGUAUGUUGAAUUUUACAAUGCUUUAUAAACAACAAAAAAUCAAAUGUCGCAGACCAAAUCAUAACCAAAUGACAUUUCAGAUUCAAUACAUGGAUUUAAGUGUGACCAGAUUUGAAUAAAAUCCUCAUGUAACUUGC